CUAUUGUACUCCGUUUAACCCAUCACCCAUGACACCUGUAUCACCAGCCACUGUCUACCAUUCUCUGCUGGGAAUGGUCUACCAUUCUCUGCUGGGAAUGGUUGCAUUCUGAUCAUAUGACAACAACAAACCCACUUGUUGAGGCUGUCAUGCGGUUGGUAGUAAUAGUGUUACAGUGGUAUCAGUACACUGUCUAUGAAGGGGUGUGUGGGAGUGUGUGUUUGAAGUCAGUGGCCUAGAAAAUGGGAUCGUAAACCAAUAAUAUUGGUGACACUUUUUUUUUUUUCUGAGGCUGGCCGGCCGGCCACACAAAGUCAAGAGCAUCAGCGGGAUGGCAUUGGAUCGGAUCGGAGUGCUUUGUUGUGUUUGCAGAACUGGAACUGAAUUGAUUUUGUUUGUUAGUCGGACCACGUUUGUACUGUAUGUAGAGGUGUGCAGAAGGAUCAUGUUGGUUGGAUUGAUCAACUUGCAGGCUUAAACCACUAGUUGGUUUUUCAUUGGUGGAAAUUACUUAACGGUUUGUAUUUGCCUGUGGUGAUUCAAGAUGCUUCAAGUGUGUAGGAUACAGUGAGCUCCUGUUUGUUUGUCUUUAGAGGAAGAACUUUGAUUCCACUGUGUGUGCUGUUGGAUUUAAAACUCCACUCGCAGGCCCCAUCGCCAAAUAUAUCCCAGUUAGAAACUAGUGUGGUCUCAGGACAUUGAUCAACCGAUUCAAAACCACUUUGUCUGCUGUGAAGGAUUUGUAGUGCCACUCGUUGUCCAAGGGACCAUCAUCAAGUGAAUUCAAUACACAAGUUGAGAAGUACUUUACUGCACUGGGAAAGUUUGUUCUGUGCAGGUUAAAUUUGUUUGUCGUUUCACACGGUGUCGCUUUCAUGAAGCCUUGGAAGACGUCUCACAUGAGGACAGGGAAGUAGUAACAUCUAGAUUUGUUACCCAGUUGUGCAUUCUGCGAUAGUUUAGACACUCUAUAUUGUUCAAUUGAUACAGCUACUAUACAAACUGCUUUAUGAUGAUCGGGUCUCAUUUGUGUGUUCUGGGACAGUUUUUACUUACAACAUAUCUCAUCAAUGUUCAUGUGAUACUGGUACAAUGACAAACUGCUUUCUGAUUUACAUCGUGUAGUUGUUGUGUUUUGCCGCCAAAGUGCAUCAUUAGUGUCAGAAUUGUGUGUAAUAUUGACAUUGAUUGCGGUGCAGCCAUCUUGUGUGCACCAUUCACAGCAGUGUAACCAAAGUGAGGUUGGAAGGGAAAAGUAGUCUGACACCUCUGUGGUAUAUUGAGAAUCAGUGUUCGUUGCUGCUGUUGCACACUGGGAACAAUACAACAUUGAAAGCCUCAUUGGUUCCUGAUAACCCUCAGCCGCUGUUCAGAGUGAUUGACCCAGAUGUAGUCCAUGGAAGUAGAAUUAUUGUCUGAUCAUCCAUGGUCAGCUGGCGGGCAGAUGUUUCUUCUGGCGGGCAGAUGUUUCUACAGUCUCCUCCCAGACACACCUUGAACAUUGUCAGCCUCUGUUGAUUUGACAUUGGAAGUUGUUAAAAGUCUUCUGCCAGUCACAUGCGACUCAUUGUUUCAUCUCAAUAGAUCAGAAACAUCUCAAGUCAAUGACAUUCAAACUAUAGAGAAAGAUGUUCAAACCAACUACAUUGAGACUAAUUGCAGUUGAAAUAAUCAAAAGAGGAUUACAGAAUGGUAUAGGCCCUAGUUGUUAAAGUGUUUCACUGUGAUAGACUACCUCCAUGGAUAGAAUUUCAACAAAAUUUCACCCGGACUUUAUUUGGCACAACCAACAAAAAGACUAAACUCUGUAAACGUUUCGAUAUGGGCUCUCAAAUCUAAGCCGACUUUCUCUAACAACUGCUUGUGAAGAGAAGCCAAAACAAAAGUAAUUUUCUUGACCCGUCGACGUUCGCUCAAUGUGGAUUUAUAAAUUGCGUACCAAUGCAAAGAUGAACUGUUGUUUAAGGACGUGCACCACCAGCCCUCUUGAUCUCGGACCAGGGAAGAGGACAUACUUUUUUGAUUACAGUUCAUACGGUCCAUCUCAAUCCAAGGAAGGAGCUAUAGAGGAGACAGAGAAACAGAAGUACUAUGAGGAGGUUGUACAGUCACUCCUGGAGUCAGAACGUCGUCACGAGCAAGAGCUAAGAUCAUUAUUAACGUCGUAUUUAAGGCCGCUAGAAUCUGCCAAUAUCUUGUCAGGUAGAGAGUUUGCACAUCUCUGUGGUAAUAUUGAAGAAGUGUUAACUUUCCAGCAAACGCUGCUCGCAACGUUAGAAGAAAAUGCCAAGUUGGAAGGAAGGCAGAAGAGAAUUGGAGCUUGUUUCAUGAGAGCAGCAACUCAGUACAAGGCCCUCUAUUCAUCCUACUGUGCCAAUCACCCGAAGGCUGUGGCUGUUUUAACAGAACACAACGAUGAACUCAGUAAAUUCAUGGAGAGUAAAGGAGCGUCGAGUCCCGCCAUCAUGGCGCUGACGAUCGGCCUCAGCAACCCGUUUAGGAGACUAGAUAAUUUCACCAAUAGCUUCAAAGAACUCGAAAGACAUAUAUCACAUAAUCAUCCAGAUAGAAUAGAAAUACAGACGUCAGUGUCGGUGUACAGAGAUAUUAAGAACCAUUGUAUACGGGUCCGGAAACUGAAGGAGGUGGAGUUGGAAAUCAUGACAGGAACUAUACAAGACUGGGAGGGGGAGCCCAUCGAUACAUACGGUGAUGUCAUCAAAUUCAUCAAUGCUGCCAUAAUGGUGGAUGGCGUCAAGAAAGAACGUUUCUGUUUGCUCUUCCCCUCCUGCCUAGUGGUCAUGUCCGCUACAGCCAACAUGAAUGGCUACAUUUUCCAGUAUAAAAUUCCAGUUCUUGCAGUCAAGACAAACCGGUUACCGGACACCAACCCAAACUUUGUAGCGUUUGACCUGAGCGGCGGAUCCACUGAGAAACAGACCAUCGUCUGCAACAGCUUAAUGGACAGGGAGGAACUCCUGGACGCAGUGGAGGAGAUUCAGUAUAAGGAUAAACCAGGGCCGACGCCCACCACGCCCCUUACGCCCGCCAUGCCAAUGUCGCCCGCCAUGCCAAUGUCGCCCGCUAUGGUACUACCGCAGUCGCCCACGCUGUCGCUGACACAGGGAAAAAGUGAUUCCCUGCCGAGGAAAGAGCGGAACAGUUCGUCCACAAGCCCAACACGAACCAAAGAUUGUACAUCAGCCUUCAAUCGAUUGAAGCUGAAGACGAUAAGCUGCCUCCGUCCCGGCCCGCCAGUCAGCCCCAUCACUGUCUGGGCAUUGAAGGAGGGACAAGCCAAGAGCCCCAAGAAUAAGAGGAGGAUGUUGCAGACGAGUAAAAGAAAGGACAAAAGCAAGACACUCCCCCUGGACGGCUCAUCCCAUAAGUACGUUGACCUUCAGGCUCUUGAGGAAGACAACCGCAUCUUGAAGGUGAUCGAAGCAUAUUGCACCAGCGCUGGGUCAAGAAACACCAUCAACUCUGGGAUCGAAGGUCAUGUUUGUGGUGGUGGUAGCUCCGCUGCGUUCAAAACCUCCUUGAGUAAGAAAUUUCCCGUCGACCCCGUUCCCCACGUCUUUUUGGCCGAAGAAGAGAAGAUCAUUCACGAGGAGACCAAAGGGAAUCAGACAAUUGUGGAAGAAAAGAGUCUGAUUGACACGGUCUACGCCCUCCGAGAUCAAGUCAAGGAUCUAGUCGACGAGACCAAGCGGCUCAAGAGAGACCUUGACGACGAGAGGAAGGCGCGUAAGAAGCUGGAGACCACAGUGCGUAAGUCCAUGAAGAGUGUAGACAUUAAGCUGGAGGAUGGAAGCUUAUGACAGACGUAGACUAGGCAGAGCUUAACUGCCGAUCUGCUGGAAUUAAGCCUGGGCUACUAGUGCGACUAGUGUUGAAGUCGCAACUAUUGAUUGCUUAGUCGAAUCUACUCGAUUAAUUGUGCAGCCAAGACCAUAACAAAAAUAGUUGCUACUUCUUGCUUGUUGAACCAAUUGUGUCGCUCACGACUAUUCUUGAUAACAUGAUUAACUUACGAAACACAAUCAGGCAUCAACGACACAAUCCUUCAAUCCUUUCAGGGUGAAUCUUACUAUAUUGCGCCCGAGGCAAACAAUAUUACGCAAUGCACUUUAGAAAUACAAAAUUAGUCGCGACUUGUGUCGAAGUCGUAAAUACUUGAGGCGCAACUACUCGAGUAGUAAAUUACACUAGUUGCCCAGGCUUAGGUGGAAUUGGAUACUACUACUAAAGAAUUACAUACAUGUAUGUAUAUAGAUAUUAUGUCCAGUAAACAAAAAUUAACUCUCUUUAACUUGUUCUUUAAAGGAAAAAAAGUUAUCAUUAUUUGAGGCUAGUGAAUUUCUUCAGUUGAUAUUUUAGUCUUUGUUGCUUAAUUCGGUCUGAUCUCAGUAUGCAUUUAUUAGAAGAUUGAUUUGGAAAGUCUUCAAUUCAAAGACAAUAUAUAAGACAAUUUUCUUUAGCCUGUCUUUUUUAAAAUUAUAAUAUGAUUUUAGUAAAACGAUGAAAGGAGAUAAACGGUUAGACAGAUUUAAAACAGCGUUUUUUAAAUAAUUGAUGACCCAGUUUAAAGGCACUGGACACGUCUGGAAAUUGUCAAAUACCAGUCUCACUUGGU